AUGACGACUUUACAAGUCUACGCGCAUAGACUAAGCGAUCCAAAUUUAGCACCAGCAUUAAAAGUAACUAUAGCAAAUGAAUUGAGAGACCAAGUAGAAGUAUUUCAAACUUUGGAAUACUCUCGAUUCUUGGCUACUUUGAUACCAGUCUUUGUGGAUAUUUUACAAAACGGAAAUCCAGUUUUUCAAAGCAACGUGCCUGAGCAAAAACUGCGCAACAUUAUAUUGGAGAUUAUUUAUCGAUUGCCACAGACAGAUACACUGAAAGAAUAUGCACCUGAACUAUGUAAAAUGCUGUUGCAUUUACUGCGAGUUGAAAAUGAAGACAACGCUGUUGUAUGUGUCAAAAUUAUCAUUGAUUUGCAUCGAAGUUUUCGACAUGUUCUUGAGGAUCAAGUGCAACCAUUCCUGGAUAUAGUGCAAGAAAUCUUUAAAAAUAUGGAACAAACCGUCAAAGAUGUAUUUGAUGCGCCCAGCACACCCAUAGGCUCUGCCACUCCUGGCACCAAUCCAUUAUUAGCCACAUCCCCAAGACCCAACUCACCAACAGCAGCCGAAUUACCAGAAUCGCCAUCCAAACCAUUACCAAAGAGUAUGUUUAGUUUCAAGGUGCUUACAGAAUGUCCCAUCAUUGUGGUAUUAUUGUUUCAAUCAUAUCGACGUUUCGCCACAGAGAACAUUAUGAAAUUUGUACCAUUAAUAUUCCAGACAUUGAGUCUUCAAGCAAAACCACAAGCGGAGGCUGCUAAUGCCGCGCAGGCCCGUGGCGAAGUAUUUGUGGGUGUCAGUUCAGAGAUCAAAAACCGAUCUGUCUACAAUGACUUUAUUGUCGCACAAGUCAAGACCAUGUCCUUCUUGGCCUACAUUCUUCGCAGCUAUGCAACACUUUUACGAUCAUUUCAAAGCCAAAUCCCAGAUGUUGUGUUACGGUUACUGCGAGAAUGUCCACCCGAAUCCUCCGGCACAAGAAAAGAACUGCUGGUAGCUACAAGACACAUCCUGUCCACUGAUUUCCGCUCUUCUUUUGUACCAAAAAUCGAUCUACUGCUCAAUGAGAAAGUGCUGAUUGGUACAGGCGUUACAUCGCACGAUACCUUGAGACCUUUGGCAUACAGCAUGCUUGCAGAUCUUGUCCACCAUAUUCGAUCUGAACUCACGCCCAGCCAACUGUACCGCACAGUCUACAUCUACUCUCGCAACCUACAUGACGCUACAUUAGCGCCCAGCAUACAAACCAUGUGUGGCAAACUGUUACUCAACUUGAUUGACUGUAUUAUAAAGAUUCCCAACAAGAAAGAAGGCCGAGAUUUGCUAAUGCGCAUCUUGGAUGCAUUUGCCAGCAAAUUUGCUGCCCUGAACAUUCAAUUCAAGUCAUGCUUAAAACAACAUAUUAGAAAGAAUAAAAAGACAUCCACCAAAAGCACCACAGACUCAGAACCAAAUGCAGCAGCAGCAACAGCAGCAAAUAACAUGGAAGGGAUCAUCAAUGACGACUUUGACUUUGACAGAGCUCGGUCCAUUCACACAGCCUCUUUUGCAUUGGAUCCACAGCAAGAUGGCAUCAAGGAUGGCCGCUUCUUGUUUAAAAAUCUGGCCAUUGGAUUAAAGCCUCUCUUUAUUGGAUUGAGACACUGCAAUCCAACACCACCGCUUGACGCCAAUGUGCAAAUUUACUCUUCUUUUGCGCGAGGAUUCUCUGAAGAUGACAUCCAUGUGUUUCUGCGUGUGUUCAAGGAGGGCAUCAUGUGCUUUGAAUACUACAACAUUGAGAAUUAUGGCCCUGAUGGCACACUGCCAAACGAGAUCAUCAAACAAGAGGAUGUGGAUGAGGGUUCCAUCGGCGCUAAUGAUCUCUCGCUCAAGAUUGGUACGCAAGUGGCUGCCGAAAAGGAGAUUCUAGACAUGUUUGCUAUUGUGUUUACGUUGCUCGAUCCAGCCGUGUUUCAAGAAAUCUUUGUAUCUCAAAUGAACUUCUUUUUUGAUCGCAUGCUGAUCAACACGUCUUUGGUGCACAUUGCUCAGUACUUUUUGGUGAACGACAUUUCUUCUCAAGGCUUUGCUGCCAUCUUGUUCCGCUUCUUGAUUGAUCGCAUUGACCAUCUGGGCGAAGAAAACAUGCAUUAUUCAGCGGUCAUGCUCCACCUGUUCCGUCUGGCGUUCAUGGCAGUGAAUCUGUUUCCCGAUGCCAAUGAAGUGACCUUGCAGCCUUACCUUGGUAACUUGGUGACCUCCUGCUUCAAGCUCUCUGCCAAGGCCAAAGAGCCAGCAAACUACUUUUUACUGUUGCGUGCCUUGUUCAAGAGCAUUGGUGGUGGAAGAUUUGAAUUGCUCUACAAGGAGGUGUCUCCCUUGUUGCAAGUCUUGUUAGAAAAUCUCAACUCAUUACUGACAUUGGCUCAUCGCACUGAAAUGAGAAACCUGUUUGUCGAGUUAUGCUUGGCUGUGCCUGUGCGUUUGAGUACCUUGCUACCGUAUCUACCCUAUUUAAUGAGGCCUUUGGUAAUUGCUCUUCAAGCAGAUCAUGAAUUGGUGACACAAGGCUUGAGAACCAUGGAGCUCUGCAACGACAAUUUGAAUCCCGAGUUUCUGGAUCAGAUCAUGGCACCUGUGAUGGAGGAACUCAUGGCUGCUCUAUGGAGUCAUCUGCGUCCCUUGCCCUACAGCCAGCAACACUCGCAUGUAGCUAUGAGAAUCUUGGGUAAAUUGGGUGGUAGAAACAGACGCAUGCUAAACAGACCUCCCCGACUGGAUUACGACAAGCGUGUGGAGAGUGGUGUUUCAGUAGAAAUCAUGUUUGAUGCCAGCAGUACACCUCAUACACUUCCCCUGGAUAAAUGCCUUCAAGUUGCUUGCAAUACUUUGGAGAAACGUGAUGCUGAUGUAUUCUACAAGAAGCAGGCUUAUGAAUUCCUCAAGGCAAAUAUUGUCAUGAUGUUGGAGUUGGAUGAGGGGCCCGACACUUUGGCUCAGUCACUGUAUCAGCGCGUUAAGCAACAUCUUUUGCAGGCAGACGCCAUUGUAUCCUCUACAGCCAAUGAACCCACUGCUGCUACUACUACUGCUGCAGAUGCUGAUAAACAAACGGAGGACCAACAGAAACCAACCGAGACAACAACAGAAGACACGGCCACUGACAUGGAUGUGGAUAGUAAGCCAAACGAAAAGCCCUCUGAAGGCAGUAGCGAAAGCACUGUGGUAGGUGAUGCACUUUCAGAGUCUGGUUUGAAACCCAAGAGAUUAGCUGGCAACGGGUAUAUCAAGUAUCUCUCGAAACGUGUGGGCCAGGAGGAUGCACUUCGCACCAUGAUGGUCGCUAUUAUCAAGGCAUCCACGCUGACAGAGAUUUCUGAUGAUGCUUGGCCCUUGUUUGAAAACAUUUGCCGGCAUUUCAUGCUAUUGCACAUUGGCGAGGCCAUUGAAGCCAAGGAGACAGGAAGCAAGCCCUUGUCUGAUAUGAUGGAUGAGCGAUUAUCCGUUCAAAGCCUCAACACAACUAUUUUAGUGGACGCUAUUGUCAAGGUGAUCUCCUCCGAAGACGCUAAACUUCGCGCGCGUGCUGAGGAAUCUGUGCAGCUCUGUUUCGACACGGCUGUCAAGGUCUUGGGAAGUAAAGAUUACGUAUGGCAACUGCCCAUCUUUCGUGUAUUCGCAUCGCAGUUUGGCUCUUGCUGCUACAAACAAGAAUGGUUCAGCAAACGUGGCGGAUGUCUAGGUAUCUCCAUCAUCAGCUCUCAAUUGGACAUGGGCACCAAAUGGAUGCGCGAACAUGAGCUUGACUUCAUUCGUUCCCUGCUGUUUGUGCUCAAGGACGCGUCUCCAGAGAUGGCCAAUGUCAAUACGGUGGAAGCCACACAAACUUUGUCGCAUGUGCUCAAGGUCUGCAACCGUCCUGAAGACGACGAGUCUCCAGAAGCGCAACAAAAGUUCCAAAACUUGAUCGCGCUGCUGUUGAGUGAAUUGUCCAACUCCAACAGUGCUGUGCGUGAAACGAUUCAAUCUUCCUUCCAACUACUUGCUGAUUUGACCGGCAACGAAGUAACCGAAUUACUGGCCCCUGUGCGUGAACGUCUUGUAGCGCCCAUCUUUGCUAAACCCCUGAGAGCGCUUCCUUUUGCCAUGCAAAUUGGACACAUUGACGCCAUUACGUACUGCCUUACCUUGCGACCUCCCUUUUUGGAUUUCAAUGACGAGCUGAUUCGAUUGCUGCAUGAAGCAUUGGCCCUCGCAGAUGCAGAAGAUCAGGCUCUGGUCAGUAGAAGUUCUCAAUAUAAGAACGCUACCUCGUUGAUGAACCUGCGUAUUGUGUGCAUCAAGCUGUUGUCUGCCGCUAUGGCAUGCUCUGAUUUCUCAAACCAACGUCAAACACACACGCGUGCUCGUAUCAUUCAAGUCUUUUUCAAAUCCUUGUAUUCCAAGGCGCCAGAAGUGGUGGAAGCAGCGCAUCGUGGACUAAAGCAAGUGCUCGCUCAACAACACAAGCUCCCCAAGGAACUGCUGCAACAAGGCCUGCGUCCCAUCUUGACAACAUUGUCCAACCACAAAACGCUGAGUGUGGCUGGUUUGGAGGGUCUGGCGCGUUUGCUCGAACUGUUGACCAACUAUUUCAAGGUGGAGAUUGGUAAGAAGCUGUUGGACCAUCUGAAGCAAUGGGCAGAACCCAAGGUAUUGCAAGAGGCUGCCAACAAGAAUCUGAGCGAAAACCACGAAGUUAAGAUCAUUGUAGCUAUUCUCAAUAUUUUCCACCUACUUCCUGCUGCUGCUCACAUCUUUUUGGACGAUCUGGUCACAGUGGUGUUGGAAAUGGAGGGCCAUCUGCGUCGUUCCAUCUCGAGUCCCUUUCGACCCAACUUGAUCAAGUACCUCAACAGAUAUCCCACAGAGACCAUUGCCUACUUUUAUGAUCGCCUAGAUCAGCCUCGUCACAGUCGACUCUUUAUCGAUGUGCUCAGUACUGAAAACGCAGAGCAGCUGCGCAACGAGGUGGCUAAAUCGCCCAAGGUCUUGAUUGAAAAGACGUUCCAAGUAGCUGACAAUGCUACCAUGCAUUACCAAGGUGUACUGAUUGUGCGUGAGAUCGUGGCAAAUGAUCCCCAGUGGCUGUUGGGCCAACCCGAGCUUCUGGAAAGCUUGUUGGCAUUGUGGCGUUCGCCCGGUCGCUUUGAUACCAUGAAGAAGGACGACGAGCAAGGUCUGCAGACCACACGCGAGUCCUUGUACCUGUCUCACAUCUUCAUCUCGUACCUGCGUCUCAACCCUGACAACAUUGAGGUCACAUUUGAAGUAGCUGCUUUGUUUGCACAGGAAUCUGUCAUGGAUCUAUCUUAUCUACGCGAGUUCUUUCUCAACGAUGUUGCCCUCAACUAUCCAUCCGAGAGAAAGCGUCUCAUUAUCGACAAGUUUUUGCAGCAAUACACGGAUAUCACUGUCUCUCCUUACCUGCGCAUGAUGGCGCUUCGCCAUGUCAUCAAUCCUGCCCUGUUGGUCACCAUGACACGGAAAAGCUGUGCCCAAGUGCUUGAUGUCAAAGUGAUGGAGCAAUUGCACAGUAAGAUUUGGGGCAAUUUCAGCUCUGAAUCUAGCGGCGAUGAAGACCAAUAUGCAGAGGAUUCGCUUCGUAUUGAACUGCUGCAACUGACAGCCAUGAUUAUCCAAUACGCACCACAGUUGAUGACAGACAUGCGCAAAGACGUGAUCAAGUUUGGCUGGCACUACUUGCGUUUGGAAGAUGCUACCUGUAAACAAGCAGCCUACGUCCUUGUUGCUCGCUUCAUCACCGCAUUUGAGACGCCCAGCAAGAUUGUGAUUCAAGUCUACGCUGCUCUGUUGCGUGCGCAUUUGUCUGAGGCUCGCACCUUGGUCAAGCAAGGUCUGGAUAUCAUCUCUCCCGUGCUUCCCAAACGUGUACCGUUGCUUGGUAAUGAGCGUGUACCUACUUGGAUUCGUCUCACGCGUAAGGUGGUGGUGGAAGAUACACACAGUAUCUCUCAAAUGGUCAAUGUGUAUCAAUUAUUGGUGCGUCAACCUGCCCUCUUUUACGACUACCGCGAACAUUUCCUGCCUCAGAUUGUCAAUGCACUGCCAAAGCUUGGUUUGCUGCAGAACGCUACGCCCGAGAACAAGCUACUUACUGUGGAAUUGACAGAACUGAUGUUGAGUUGGGAAGAGACGCGUCUACAGAACCAGAAAAAGAAGCAACAAGAGCAAGAGCAACAAGGAGAUGUGCCCAUGUCUCCCUCUGGUAAGAGAUUGGCGGAUGCUGUGCCUGAUACACCUCAAAAGAAGACAAAGGCAGAAGGCGCAGAUGGCCAAGUCAAGGCUGCUUCUACAGCUCUCUCCACAUCCAACACUGCUAAUGCUUCUGAUGCCAGCAAAGAGUAUGGACCUACACUCACACUGAGAGAAAACACCAUUGGCUAUCUUGUUCGUCUUGCCUGCAGUGUCUACACGCCCUCUGAUAUGAUGCGUCGUCUUGUACAGCGUGUAUUGAACCUGAUCAAAAAGUUCCUGGACCCUGAAAUCUGGCCUGAUGUCCAUAUCAAGUUUACUCAUCUGGAACGCACUUUGAAUAUCAAGGAAAUGAACGAGAUGUUGGUGUCCAGUGUGUGCAGUGCCUUGGAUAUACUCCAUAUUGAUAUUGCGCACAAGCCCUCUGAAUGGUACUUUGUCAAUAUGAAUCAGCUUUAUCGCCUGCUGGAGAACAGCAUCAAGUCGGAUAACGUUAAGGUGCACACGGCGCUUCAACCUGUUUUGUCUUGCAUUUUCGGCGCCAUCAAUCAGACGACAGGUGCUGAUAACAGAGAGGAACCUCAGCAUCCUGAUGUCGCUGCGUUUGUUUCGUUGGUGGAUUCCACCAUCACAGAUGGUAUGGCGAGUAUGAACAACAUUUAUGCGGUGCUCAAGCUGCUUCAAGCGGCUAGCACAGGACGCAGUGAACAACUAGAUCCUUUUGUGCCGGGUAUUGUCAAGAUGCUUCAAAAACUGACCAAAGAACACAUCUCAUCCGCCGCGUCUGCUGCCACCUCGUCUGUUGCUGCUUCUUCUUCUUCUUCGGGUCAUGAUUCGCAAGUCAAUCUGUUGAUUUUGGGCCUUAAUCUUCUGAAAAAGAGGAUCUCGCAUCUCGGUGAUCAGCGUCGUUGGUUCUUGACGUGUCUCAUUCAACUGAUUGAAAAGUCGCCUGACGUUCAACUGUUGCACGCCAUCUUGGACAUGCUCAAGGAUUGGACACUCAACAAGACCGAGACCUUCCCCACCGUCAAGGAAAAGGCUGGCUUGUUGGUCAAGAUGAUGAGCCUGGAGAGCCGCAAUGAUACGCGACUGACAGAAGAUUUCCUUGAUCUCGUCAUCAAGAUCUACAGCAACCCCUCUUUUGCUCGUUCUGAACUGACGGUGCGUCUGGAGCAAGCCUUCCUGCUGGGUACUCGUAAUGACAAUCCUCAUAUCCGCAGUCAGUUUAUGCGUGUCUUUGAUCGCAGUAUUAGUCGUACCACCUACACGCGCUUGAACUACAUUUUGGGCGUGCAAAACUGGGAGUCUCUUGCCAAUAUCUUUUGGAUUCACCAGGCUCUGGAUAUGCUGUUUGGUGCCAUCAAGGUCAAUACUCACAUCAUGACACCCCAUACACUGAAAAUCAAGUCAAUCAAGUCCAUUGGCAACCUGCACACUGCUUCUGCUGCUGCUGAUGAGGAGGAACCUACCGAGAUGGAUGUGCCUUCUGAACUCAACACUGUUGUUCAACAACACCAAGCCUUUUUAAAAGAGUUACAGACCUCCGAUAUCAACAGUGCCAUCACAAGCACACGUUAUUUGCAGUACCUGGAUGAUGACACGGCUUUCAAGCUGUGGGUAGAUUUGUUCCCCAUGUGUUGGUCUGUGCUCAGCAGCACCGAGAGACAUGACAUGGCCAAGGUCAUGAUCACGUUAUUGGCCAAAGAGUACCAUAACAAGCAAGCAGAACUGAGACCCAAUGUCAUUCAAGCGCUGUUGACUGGUAUUGCACACACCAAUGCCAGCAUCAAACUGCCACCUCAUCUGGUCAAGUAUCUCGGCAAGACGCACAAUGCUUGGCACAUUUCGAUGGAAAUCCUGCAACAAUCUGCCCUGAAAAGCAGCUGUGCUAUGGACUCUUUCUCCAAGGACGAUGUCAAUAACCGCGAGCGCACACUGGAUGCACUGUCUGAAUUGUAUGCAGAUUUAGAUGAAGACGACAUGUUUGAUGGGCUGUGGAGACGUCGCAGUGCCUACGCUGAAACUAACGUCGCAGUGUCUUGCGAGCAGAUUGGCAACUGGUCUCAAGCACAAACCAUGUAUGAAAAUGCACAAAUCAAGGCGCGUAGUGGCGUUCUUCCGUUCACUGAAUCAGAGUACAUGCUAUGGGAGGAUCACUGGAUUGCGUGCUCUCAGAAACUGCAACAAUGGGAUAUUUUGGCUGACCUGUCAAAGCAUGAUGGUAACACCAAGCUAUGGUUGGAUUGUGCAUGGCGAUUAUCUGACUGGGCUGCCGACCGUGAAAGCUUAGAGCAUGCUGUGGCUCAGCUGUCAGAUGCACCUACACCGCGUCAAAAGGCCAUGGAAGCCUACCUGGCACUUAUCAAAUCGCAAACCACUGAUGACAGACUGCAGGAGUUUACUCGUGUUUGCGAAGAAGGUGUCCAAUUGUCCCUGCAAAAGUGGUACGCUCUGCCUCGUAUCGUGUCUCAAAGCCAUCUGCCUCUGCUGCAGGUGUUCCAGCAAUACCUCGAGUUGCACGAAGCCAGCCAAGUGUUUGCAAGUCUGGUCAGCACCAAUGUCCAAAACUUGGAACAACGCUCAAACGAGCUUCGCAGCAUCUUGGGUACAUGGCGUGAUCGCUUGCCUAAUGUCUGGGAUGAUAUCAACAUGUGGAGUGAUGCUGUGGCCUGGCGUAGACACAUCUUUAACGCCAUCAACCGCGUCUACCUGCGUAUGAUUCCAAUGCUUCCUAAUCAGCAAGCCAAUGGACAACAGAACGGCAUCGCCUUUGCUUAUCGCGGCUACCACGAAACAGCCUGGAUCAUCAACAAAUUUGCACAUGUGGCUCGCAAACACAAGCUCAAGGACGUCUGCUUGAACCAAUUGAACAAGAUUUACACGCUGCCCAACAUUGAGAUCCAAGAUGCCUUUUUCAAGUUGCGCGAGCAAGCAAAAUGCUACUACCAAGACACUACAACACUGGCCGCUGGCUUGGAUGUCAUUACCAACACUAACCUCAACUACUUUUCUCUGCAACAAAAGGCUGAAUUCUUUACAUUGAAGGGUCAAUUCUUGGCUAAAUUGAAACAAUGCAACGAAGCCAAUGAAGCGUUCGUCAAUGCGGUGCAGAUUGAUCUGUCUUUACCAAGAGCCUGGGCCGAAUGGGGUCGCUACAACGAUGGCAGAUUCAAGGAAAAUCCGACGGAUUUAAGUUGGGCCAACAAUGCGGUUAGUUGUUACUUGCAAGCAGCGGGUAUCUACAAGAAUGCCAAGGCGAGAAAGUAUCUCUUGAGGGUGCUUUGGCUGUUGAGUCUGGAUGAUACCAACGGCACUAUUUCGCGUGCUUUUGAAGGGUACAAGGGUGAAUGGCCUGUGUGGUAUUGGAUCACGUUCAUUCCUCAAUUAUUGAUGGGAUUGCAACAAAGAGAAGCCAAGCAUGCGCGCGCCAUCUUGAUUCGUAUUGCAAAGCAAUUUCCUCAGGCAUUGCACUUUCAACUUCGUACGGCUAAAGAAGACAUGCUGAAAAGAUCCAAUGCUGCAAAUGCUGCAAAGAAUGCUGCUGCUGCUGCUGCUGCUGCUGGUUCUACCUCAACACCUACAUCUGCUUUGGAUACCAACACCAGCAAGCCAGAGACGCCUCAGAAGGACAAGGAGAGUGCUGAUUCCAAGACAGAAACGUCUGGUGACAAGGAGAAGAAGGAUGAAACACCUAGUGAGAACCCAGAAGCAAAGGAGACGCCUACAGAUGCUAUCAAAGAUGAAAACAAGACGGAAGCAAUGGAUGUGGAUGUUAAGGAAAAGACGCCUGAAAUGAAUGGAGACCAGGCUGCUGAUAGCAAAAAGGUGGACUCAGAUACGGAAAUGAAACCAGCUGACGAGGAUAGCAGCAAAAAGGAGGAAUCGGCUGCUGCAGAAGAAGUCAAAUUAGAGCCCACAGCUGCAGCUGCCAACACCAAGGCCCCACCUCCUCCCAUCUUGACAGGCCCUUCCAUGGCUGCUGCUGCUGCUGCUACUACAGCUACUUCUGCUAAUGGCGCUGCUGGCCCAGGCACACCCACUACUGCUGCCGGGCCACCUGCUCAUCCGUUGGACGAAAUCAUGGCCAUGCUCAAGACGGGAUACCCACUUUUGGCAUUAUCCAUGGAAACCAUGGUGGAUCAAAUCCAACUCAAGUUCAAGCCUCAAGCAGAUGAAGACAUGUAUCGUCUCGUCGUGGCCUUGUACAAUGAAGGCGCUCAGCAAUUGCUCUCUCGUUUGAUGAACCCCAGUGACACCUUGCAACUGACAUCUGCCACCAUUGGCAACAUUGCUCGUUUUGCCGAUAGUCUGUAUCCAGGACACAUGAAGGCUGCUUUUGUACAUGAUUUCGCCACCACCAAAUUGAAUUUAGAGGAAUACGUGGCCAAGCUGAGAUUAUGGCGUGAUAAGUUUGAGGCCAUGCUGGAUGCUCGUCCUCGCAAACAGAAACUGGAAGCUUGCAGCCAUUAUCUUGUGGAAUUCCAGCACCAAAAGUUUGACGAUGUGGAGAUUCCAGGCCAAUACUUGUUGCUCAAGGACAACGCCAACGACUUUUUGCGUAUUGAUCGAUUCCUGCCUGAAGUAGAAGUGGUGCGUAGCUAUGGCAACUGUUUCCGUCGUUUGACCAUUCGUGGCCAUGAUGGCAGUCUUCAUCCUUUUGUCAUUCAGAACCCUGCUGCGCGUCAGUUCCGUCGUGAGGAGCGAUUGAUGCAGCUGUUUAGAAUUUUGAAUGGUGUCUUGGAGCGCAAAACGGAGAGUCGUGCUAGAAACCUGAGAUUCCAUUUACCUGCUAUUGUGCCUCUGGCGCCCAAUGUGCGUAUGGUGCAAGAUGAUCCUUCUUACUGUACCUUGUAUGAUGUGUAUGAAGAUCACUGCGAUAGUACGAAUAUGCACAAAGACGAUCCACUGGCUUAUUUCAUUGAAAAAUUCAAGAACAAUGCAAACAAGACGACAGAUGUUGUGGGCAUGAAGACAGAAAUGUUGAAUUUGAGACUGGAGAUUAACCAAGAAAUUGCAAAGAAUAUGGUGCCUGCCAACAUCUUGAGCAAGUAUAUGCUGCGUACCCUUGGAUCUUACACGGAUUACUGGAUGCAUCGAAAGCAAUUCAUUGCCCAAUAUGCUACUGCCACAUUCAUGUCUUAUCUUUUCAGCGUGGGUCACCGUACACCUCACAAAAUCACCAUGUCUCGUGAGACAGGCAGCAUCUGGAUGACUGAAUUACUGCCUGGAUGGAACCAAAACAACCCUAUGCUUGGAAACGGAGAGACUGUGCCUUUUAGAUUCACACCCAAUAUUCAAGAUUAUAUCACGCCUGUGGGUGUGGAAGGCUUGUUUACCAGCUGCUUGAUGGCCACUGCGCGUAGCUUGACUGAACCUGAUUUGGAACUGGAUCAAUACUUGAGUCUCUUUGUGCGGGAUGAGUUGAUUACAUGGCACAUGUCUAACCAUCGAUCUGUGACAGAUGCGCAGUUCCGUGAGAGAGUGCAAGCCAAUGUCAAUCAAGUGAUUACAAAAGCACAAUUCCUGUCAUGUAGAACAGAGAAUGACAAGACUAUGAGUGCUGACCAUCCUAUCAGUCAAAACGUCAUUGAUCUCAUUUCUCAAGCAAGCAACCCACAAAAGAUGGCUCAAAUGGAAUCUACAUGGAUGCCAUGGUUGUAG